UUGCGAUAAGAAAUUUGUUAUCGCUGCCUAAGCUAAUUAGUUUCAAGAUAAUAAGGCUUCGCCAAUAAGAAAACAAGCUGUGUAAUUUCGAAGACGCAAACUCAAGUAAAACGGAAGCGGAAACUGAGAGAUGGAAGCAUGUCUUAAAUAGCAGAGGAAGACACUUAUUGCUAUUUGGUGGUGGACGUUAAUCGUUGUUUGGUUUUUUGGUAGACGUUGAAACGUAGCCGCUUCUUGUUUUCGCGAUUGGCAGUUGUUUUUAUUUGAGCUAACCUAGAAAGUAAAAUUACGGAAGGGAGGUCCAUACGUACUAACCCACGAGAGAAGAAUUUAGUAAAUAAACCCACGAAUCCGAAGUUCUCUUCAACAAUUGUAUCCAGGUGCCAAAUUCCUGACAGAACUUCCUAGCUCCAACCAGAUAUUAAAAAAAAACGUAGAUACAUUACGUCAAUCAUGUCAAAAUAAAAAAUGCAAAAUUUCUCAGAUGUGUACAUUUUUAAAAGACUGUCUGCUUCCAUUGCAACUUGACGUGCACCCCAUCAGCGCUUUUCCCAGCGUCAUAUUCCUAAUAUGCGUCUUCCUAUACCUUCAUAUUUCCUUCCACAGUAGAACGACCCAUGGAACACCUUUGAAGUGGUUUGUGCUAAGAGAGAUUUCGCUUCAACUAUGGUUCACUUACCUACACCACAUCUGGAUGGUGUGGUUGCAUUGUGUAAAAUCUUGCCUCCUGUACUGUGAGCUGCACCUUAAGGAUACUACCGAUUGGUUAACUCCUAGAGACGCGCAUGCGUCCAUUUUAAGUAUUCACACCGUCAUCAGCUGCGUACCUCUAUGUUUCCUAAUCCAUCUAUACCUCAGACGACGGUUGCUCCCACAAGUAUUCUUCUUCGGAGAGAUAGAUGGUGGCAGAACAGAAAUAGGAAUUUGCGCGUAUUAUCUAACGCGUCCAUAUCUUGGCUCUGAAGAUGAGGGUUUGGUCAAGCUCAGGAAAAGUAGGAGCGUCGGUGUUCUUAAAUUUCACCCGAAACCAGCGUUGCGGCGCCGAUGCAGUUCACUGUGUAUUGAUAAAAUGUAACAUCCUUACAAGUUUAAAUACAUAACGACCA